AAAGGUUGAGGGUGGGACUCCAGGAACUACAUUCCCCAACAUGCCAUACGCUGCUCUGACGGUUUUAGCGCCGAAUCUAACCAGAGCUGCAGGGUGAAAUGGAGACGAGGGAAGAGUGCGCGGGAGGCUUCAAAAAGGAGACCGUGAACAAACUGCUCCAGCUCCACUUCAAAGAUGACAAAACACGAGCCAGCGGUGAUGCUGUGUUGCUGGUGGCCGAAAUGCUCAAAGUGUUUGUUCGAGAAGCAGCAGUACGAGGAGUGCGGCAAGCUCAGAUUGAGGAGGUAACUAGGGUGGAAGUGGAACACGUGGAAAAAAUCCUGCCACAGCUGGCAGUGCUACACAAGAUUGGCUAACAUCACCAGAAGCCAGUCACAAAGGCGGCUCUUCGUAAACUUUUUAAUUAAAGAAGUACCAGACACAGUUAAGAAACUCCAAGAAAACUCUUAUAAAAAAAGCUUUGAUGUUUCCGCUGUCUUCAUCUGAAGGGAUCCUACUAUUUAGGGAAUGGAUUAAAGGAAAAAAACAACAACAAAACCCUCCCCCAGCCUCUUCACAUACACACUAUCCUUUUCACGCCAGCCACAGAAUUGGAAAAUGAGGUUUUGUGGUGUGUUAGUGUUGGAAUUUUUUAAUAACCUCCUCUCUCUUUUUUCCUCUCCUGCCCAAUUAUCGUGAUGAAUAAUUAACAUUCUGAAGGAGAUAACUAAGCGCAGCAUCUCAGAGCUCAAAGCCCUUUAGUUCAAAGCCCUGCCCUUUUCAGUUCCUCCAGUUGCCGCCACUAAAACUUCCUUGUCAAUCAAGCUCUGGGCACACACUUCAAAGCUUCAAGUGGGAACGGCCCCAAGGGGUCAGAGAAAAUUCAUGGCAGAGCCUGCGAGCGAAACACAAAGAGGAGGAGGGAGAGAGUGGGCACAGAGGAACCCAGUCCAAGAAUGAGACAGACACACGCAGGACAAAUGCUUGUGACACACGCGCACACAUACAAUCUGCUACCCUAUUUUUACUCACAAGUUGACAAAUAAGUCCAGCUUUAGCUUUCCAACUCCUCCCCCCCAACCAAUUCCCAGCACUGGCAAGACAUGAGUCCAAAGCUCUUUUAAUUGGAAGAGACUUAAAGGAACGAGACAGCCGCUCGGGAGCACACAGAUUUCAGCUGCCACCUCAACCCCUUCCCCAAAUCUAUUUUCCUUCCUUGAGUUCAGCCAAUAAAACUCCCUUCGCAGAGGCUGAUCCAUGGCUUGCUCCUUUUCUUUCAGGCUAGGCACAUGGCAUGCUCAUUUGGGCACCGAUUGUCUCUUUUUGUGUAUGUUUCACUGCAACCCCCAAAGCACACAGUGACUCAAGAAAAAGAAAUAUAUAUAUGGCCUGUAAGUUUUCAAGCCAACCAAGAACAGGACUAGCAAAAUGACAAUUUGUGGAUUUCCGGGACAGCUUUAACCUCCUGGACCAAGUAUCCGUCCUUAGAUGCAGGAUCUGAAUACAUAUAUCCAUCCAACCUAGGAAUAUAUAGAGAAAACAACUUUCCUCCACAACACCUACCUCCACAGCCCACCCUGCCAAGACACAUCUUCAACCCAGUCAUGUAUAACACUGUUUGAUGGCAUCAUUGUACCACCUGCACUCUUACUCGCUUGGAAUUAUUAAAUGAAAAUGGACUA